AUGACCACUUCGAAAAAAGACAUUAAAAAGACACAGAGUGCAGGUAUGUACGAAAAGGCGAAACGUCUGCACCAGCAGGUUUCACACCUUACAGAAAAGCAUCAGAGGCGGCAAGCUCAAUGGUUGGAAGUUCAGGACCAUAUUCUCCAACACAAAGCUUUCACCGAAGAGCACGUCGUUGACAUGGGCGACAAAAUUUGUUACUGUAAAUUCAAAGAACCUAAACUAGCUUCAGUCUCUCUAGAAGCGAAAGAUGGAGGUAUCACUGGCAGUAUAAAAAGUGAAAAUGUUCAAGCUGCAAAAUUAGAAGAACAAGCUAAAGUAAAUACAACCAACGGUAGUAAGAAGCCAGAAAAAGAGAAAUCAGAAUUUUCUCCAUUUUCAUCCACUUCUGGAGACCACAGUUCUGUAAGGACCAGUGCUGGAAAACCACACACACAGUCAGUUACAGCCUCUGUUCAAUCCUCUGAUUUCAACUCAGAGGAGACAGGUGACAUUAAACUAACAUCAGUAAGUCUCACACAAAGUUCUACGGGUAAACACAGCCAGGAAAUUCCCACACAGGAAACAUCGUGGCUCAUCCAAAAACUAUCAAGGCGUCCACCUAAGGGAGAAGCACAGGUAGCUCCCGGUCCAUCAGGAAACAGUCACGAAUAUCCAAUUCAUGUAGAAGGUACAGGAAGUGUUCCACAUCAGAACAAACAAACUCCAGCAACUGGACAUGAUGGAACUUCCUCUGCCUUACAAGCAUCUCCAUCAACUACAGGAAGGGCACCAAGUCAGAAUGCACAGAGUUCGACGAAUGCACAUGCUGAAACUUCCUCUGCUGUACCCUCAUCUGCCUUGACUUAUGGUAAUGUACCAAGCCAGAUUGCACAAAGUUCGGUAAAUACACAUGUUCCAAUAUUCUCUGCAAUACCACCAUCACCCUGCACUACAGGAGGUGUAACAAGUCAGAAUGCCCACAGUUUGGCAAAUGCACAUGCUGAAACUUCCUCUGCAAUACCACAAUUUUCCUGGAUUACAAGAGGUGUAUCUGAUCAGAAAGAACGUAGUUCUGCAAAUGCACAAGCUGAAGCUACUUAUGCUCCACUACAGUCCCCAUGGACUACCGGAAGUGUACCAAGUCAGAAUGCGCACACAUCAGAAAAUGCACAAACUGAAACAUCUGUGACAAUACCACCAUCUCCCUGGCCUACAGGAAGUGUACAAAGUCAGAAUGCACGGACAGUGGCAAAUGCACAACCUGAAACAUCCUCUGCAAUACCACAAUCUCCACGUACUACAGGAGGUCUACAAAGUGAGAAGGCAUACAGUUCAGCAAAUGCACAUGCUGAAACUUUCUUUUCAGUACUACCACCAUCCAUGACAACAGGAGGAGUAACAGGUCAGAACGCAAACAGUGUGGCCAAUGCACAUGCAGAAACCUCACUUGCAAUACCAGCAUCUUCCACAACAACAGGAAGUGUACUAAGUCAGAAUACACACAAUUCAGCAAAUGCACAUGUUGAAACUUUCUCAGCGUUACAACCAUCUUCCUGGAAAACAGGAAGUGUACCAACUCAGAAAUCAUACACUCCGGCAAAUGCACAAGCUGGUACUUCUUCUGCACUACCAUCAUCUCCCUUAACUGCAAGCAGUGUAACAAGUCAGAACACACACACUUCAACAAAUGCACAUGCUGAAAUUUCCUCACCAUUGUCACCAUCUCCCUGGACUGCAGGUAGUGUACGUAAUCAGAAAGCACAGAGUUCAGCAAAGGCACAUGCUGAAACUUCCUUUACAUUACUACCACCUUUGAAUACAGGAAGUGUAGCAGGUCAUAAAACACACAGUGCAGCAAAUGCACAGACUGAUACUUACUCUGCAACACCACAAUCUUCCUUGACUACAAGUAGUGUAACGAGUAAGAAAGCACACACUUCAAUGUAUACACAUGCUGAACCUUUGUCUGCAAUACCACCAUCACCCAUGACAACAGGAGGUGUAGUGAGUCAGACUGCACACAGUUCGGCAAAUGCACAAACUAUAACUUUCCCUGCAAUUACUAUAUCGCCUUGGAGUACUGGAAGUAUACCAAAUCUCAUUGCGCAAAGUGUGGCAGAUUCACAAGCUGAAAUUUUCUCUGCAGUGCCACCAUAUCCCUUGACCUCAAGUAGUGCACCAAGUCAGAAACCACACACUUCAGCAAAAUCACAUGCUGGAACUUCGUCUGCAAUACCAUCACCCAUGACAGCAAGAGGGGUAACAAGUCAGAACCCAUACAAUUUGGCAAAUGCACAUGCUGAGAUUUCCUCUGCAGUACCAACAUCUCUCUGGACUGCUGCAAGGGUACCAGGUCAGACUGCACACAGUCUAGCAAGUGCACAUGCAGAAACAAUAUCUGCAAUACCAACAUCUUCCUCGGCGACAGGAAGUGUACCAAGUCAGAGUACACACAGCACAGGAAAUGUACAUGCAGAAACGUUUCCUGCCUUACAACCAUCCCCUGUCAAAGUAGGAAGUGUGCCAAAUACCAACGCACAGAGUUCGGCAAAUUCAUAUGCUAAAACUUUCUCUGCAGUACCACCAUCCCUGUGGUCUACUGGAAAAGUAUCAAGUCAGAUGGCACAUAGUUCAGCAAAUGCAUUAGCUGCAGCUUCCUCCACAUUACCACUAUCACCCAAGAUCACAGGAGGUGUACUCAGUCAGAAAGCACACAGUUUGGCAAAUGCAAAUGCUGAAUCACCCUCAGCAAGUAAGAAUGCACUCAGUUCUGCAAAUGCACAUGCAGAAACAUCCUCUACCUUACAACCAUCCCCUAUGACUAUCGGUAGCAUAACCAUUCCAAAUGUACAGAGUUCAGAGAACUCACAUGCUCAAACUGCCUCUGCAAUACCACCAUCCAUCUGGACGACAGGACUUGUACCAAGUCAGACGGCACACAAUUUGGCAAAUGCACAAGCUGGAACUUACUCUACAAUUCCACUAUCCCCCUUGACUACAGGAAGUACACCGAAACAAAUCACACAAAAUUUGGCAAAUGCAUAUACUGAAACUUCCUCUGCAAUACCAUCAUCUCCAUUGACUACAAGUAGCGUACCAAGCCAGGAAGCACAGACUUCAGCAGAAGCACAUGGUGGAACUUUAUCUGCAACACCACCAUCACCUAUAACGACAGGAGGUGUACCAAAUCAGAAUGCACACAAUUCGGCAAAUGCGCAUGUUGUAGCUUCGCCAUCAUCUCAAAUGACUACGAAAAGUGUAUCAAGUCAGAAUAACCACAGUCCAACAAAUACAAAGGCUGCAACUUCCUCUGCCUUAUUAGCAUCUCCCAUGACUUUGGAAAGUGUACCACAUCAGAAUGGACAGAGUUCGGUAAAUGCAAAUGCUGAGACUUCGUUUCCAGUAUCAUCACCUAUCUGGAAAGCUGGAAGGCUAUCAGGUGUGAUUGCACACAGUUCAGCCGAUGCACAUGGCACAUAUCCCUCUGCAGUACCUCCAUCUCCCUGGACUAUAGGAAAUGUACAACACAAGAUGGCUCACAGUUCUACAAAUGCACAUGCUGCAACUCCCUCAGCAAAAUCACAAUAUUCGUCGACUACAGGAAAUAAACCAAGUGAGAAUACACACAGCUCAGCAAAUACAAAUGCUGAAACUUCCUCCGCCUUACAGCAAACUACCAUGAAUAUAAAAAAUCUAACAAUUCACAAUGCAAAGAGUUCUACUAAUGCACGUUCUGAAACUUCCUCUGCAGUACCAACAUCGCCCUGGACUACAGGAAAUGUACCAAGUCAUAACGCACACAUAACAGAAAAUGCACAAGCUGGAAGCACUUCUACAGUAGCACCACCUUCCUUGACUACAGGGAGUGAACCAACUACAAACACACACAGUUCAGCUAAAGCACAUGCUGAAUUUUCCCCUGCUUUACAAUCAUUGCCUUUGACUAUUGGAAGUCUACCAAUUGAGCACACAGAAAGCUUGGCAAAUGCACAGGCUGAAACUUCCUCUGCAAUAUCACCAUUAUCAAUAACUGCUGGAGAAAUACCAAGUAAGAAUGUAUACAGUUCAGCCAGUGUACAUACUGAAACUUCCUCUGCAGUACCACCAUCACACUGGACUACAGGAAGUGUACUAAGUCAGAAGGCACACACUUUAGCAAAUACAAAUUCCGAAACGACUGCUGCAAUAGCAGCAUCUACCUGGACUACAGGUAGUGUACCAACUCAGAAUGCACAAAGUAUGGCAAAUGCACAUGCCGGAACAGCAUCAGCAAUACAACCAUCAGUCACGGCUUCAGCUAUCGUACUAAGUAAGAAUGCACACACCUUGGCAAAUGCAAAUGCUGAACGUUCGUCUGCAGUAACACCAUCCUCCAGGACUGCAGGAACUAUACCAAAUUCGAAUAUACACACUUCAGCAAAUGCGCAGACUGAAACUUCCUCAUGGAUACAAUCAUCUCCAUUGACUAUAGGAAGAGUGACAGGGAAGAAUGCAGAGAGUGAGGCAAAUGCACAUGCUGAAACUUCCUAUGAUGUACCAACAUCCCCCUGGACUACAGGUAUCGCACCAAGUCAACACGCUCAAAGUUCAGCAGAUGCACACACAGAAAUGUAUCCUGUAAAACCACUAUCACUCUUAACUAUGGGUGAAGUACGAAGUCAAAAUUCUUACAUGUCCCCAAAUGCACAUGGUGAAGUAUCCGCAGCAAUACCACCAUCACCUAUGACUAAAGGAAAUGUACCAACUCAAAAUGAACCCAAUUCAGCAAAAGCACAUGAUGAAACAUCAUCUGCAAAUCCAUCAUUUUCCCAGAAUACAGGUAGUUCAACUAAUACGAAAACACACAGUACGGCAAAUGCACAGGCUGAAAUUUCCUCUACAAUACCACCACCAUCCAUGACUAUCGGAGAAGUACCAAGUCAAAGUGCCUACAGUUCAGCCAAUGCACAUGCUGACACAUACUCUGCAAUAGCACCAUCACCAAUGACUACAGGAGGUAUCCCAAGUCCGAAAGCACACAGUUCGGCAGAAGCACAUGCUGAAUCGUUAGCAGUAAUUCCACCACAUUUCUGGACUACAGGUAGUGCACCUAGUGAGAAAACCCACAGUAUGGCAAAUGCACAAACUGAAAUUUCCUCAGCAGUACCAACAUUACCCUGGACUACAGGAAGUGUACUAGAUGAGAAGGCACACAGUACAGCAAGUUCACAUUCUGAAACAUCUGCUGCAACUGAACUAUCUCCCUGGACUACUGGUAGUGUACAAAGCCCGAAUGCACACAGCAUUGCAAAUGCACAUGAUGGAACUGCCGCAGCAAUCCCCCCAUCAGCCAUUCUUUCAGGAGAUAUACCUAGUAAUAUUGCACACAGCUCAUCAACUGCACACGCUGAAAGUGUUUCUGCAGUAGGACCACCUUCCUUAACUCCAGGGAGUUUACCAAAUCCAAAUAUACACAGUUCAGAUAAAGCACAUGCUGACAUAUCCCCUGCUUUUAAACCAUCUCCUUUGACUAUUGGAACUGUACCAAGUCUGAAGACAGAGAGUUUGGCAAACGCACGGGCUGAAAUUUCAUCUACAACGCCACCACCAUCCAUGACUAUCGGAGACGUACCAAGUCAAAGUGCCUACAGUUCAGCCAAAGCACAUUCUGAAGCAUACUCUGCAACAGCACCAUCACCAAUGACUACAGGAGGUAUCCCAAGUCCGAUAGCACACAGUUCGGCAGAAGCACAUGCUGAAUCGUUAGCAGUAAUUCCACCAUUUUCCUGGACUACAGGUAGUACACCUAGUGAGAAAGCGCACAGUAUGGCAAAUGCACAAACUGAAAUUUCCUCAGCAGUACCAAUAUCACCCUGGACUACAGGAAGUGUACUACAUGAGAAGGCACACAGUACAGCAAGUUCACAUUCUGAAACAGCUGCUGCAACAGCACCAUCUACAUGGACUACCGGUAGUGUACAAAGGACGAAUGCACACAGCAUGGCAAAUGCACAUGCUGGAACUGCCUCAGCAAUCCCUCCAUCAUCCAUUGUUUCAGGAAAUGUACCUAGUCAUAAUGCACACAUCUCAUCAACAGCACAUGCUGAAAGUGCUUCUGCAAUAGGACCACCUUCCUUAACUGCAGGGAAUUUACCAACCCCCAACAUACACAGUUCGGCUAAAGCAGAUGCUGAAAUUUCCCCUGCUUUAAAACCAUCUCCUUUGACUAUUGGAAGUGUACCAAGUCACAAUUCAGAGAGCUUAGUACAUGCACAGUCUGAAUCAUCCUCUGAUAUACCAUCAUCAUUCACGGCUAUCGGUAAAGUACCAGGUCAAAGUGCCUACAGUUCAGCCAAAGCACAUUCUGAAGCAUACUCUGCAAUAGCACCAUCACCAAUGACUACAGCAGGUGUGCCAAGUCCUAAAGCACACAGUUCGGCAGAAGCACAUGCUGAAUCGUUAGCAGUAAUUCCACUAUUUUCCUGGACUACAGGCAGUACACCUAGUGAGAAAGCGCACAGUAUGGCAAAUGCCCAAACUGAAAUUUCCUCAGCAGUACCAAUAUCACCCUGGACUACAGGAAGAGUACUAAAUGAGAAGGCACACAGUACAGCAAGUUCACAUUCUGAAACAGCUGCAGCAACAGCACCAUCUACAUGGACUACCACUAGUGUACAAAGCCCGAAUGCACACAGCAUGGCAAAUGCACAUGCUGUAACUGCCUCAGCAAUCCCUCCAUCAUCCAUUGUUUCAGGAGAUGUACCUAGUCAUAAUGCACACAUCUCAUCAACUUCACAUGCUGAAAGUGCUUCUGCAAUAGGACCACCCUCCUUAACUGCAGGGAAUUUACCAACUCCAAACAUACACAGUUCGGCUAAAGCACAUGCUGAAACUUCCCCUGCUUUAAAACCAUCUCCUUUGACUAUUGGAAGUGUACCAAGUCACAAUUCAGAGAGCUUAGCAAAUGCACAGGCUGAAACAUCCUCUGCAAUAACAUCAUCAUUCAUGACUAUCGGAAAAGUACCAGGUCAAAGUGCCUACAGUUCAGCCAAUGCACAUGCUGAAGCAUACUCUGCAAUAGCACCACCACCAAUGGCUACAGAAGAUAUACCAAGUCCGAAAACACACAGUUCAGCAGAAGCACAUGCAGAAUCGUUAGCAGUAGUUCCACCAUUUUCCUGGACUACAGGUAGUGCACCUAGUGAGAAAACGCACAGUAUGGCAAAUACACAAUCUGAAAUUUCCUCAGCAGUAGCAACAUUACCCUGGACUACAGAAAGUGUACUAAAUGAGAAGGUACACAGUACAGCAAAUUCAUAUUCAGAAACAUCUGCUGCAACAGCACUACCUCCCUGGACUACUGGUAGUGUACACAGUCCGAUUUCACACAGCAUGGCAAAUGCACAUGAUGCAACUGCCUCAGCAAUCCCCUCAUUAGCCAUUCUUUCAGCAGAUGUACCUAGUCAUAAUGCACACAGCUCCUCAACGGCACAUGCUGAAAGUGGUUCUGCAAUAGGACCACCUUCCUUAACUGCAGGGAAUUUACCAACUCCAAACAUACACAGUUCAGAUAAAGCACAUGCUGAAAUUUCCCCUGAUUUAAAACCAUCACCUUUGACUACUGGAAAUGUACCAAAUCAGAAAACAAAGAGCAUAGCAAAUGCACAUGCUGAAACAUCCUCUGCAAUACCAUCAUCAUCCAUGACUAUCGGAAAAGUACCAAGUCAAAAUGCCUACAGUUCAGCCGAUGCACAAGCUGACACAUACUCUGCAAUAGCACCAUCACCAAUGACUACAGGAGGUAUCCCAAGUCCGAAAGUACACAGUUCGGCAGAAGCACAUGCUGAAUCGUUAGCAGUAAUUCCACCACAUUUCUGGACUACAGGUAGUGCACCUAGUGAGAAAACCCACAGUAUGGCAAAUGCACAAACUGAAAUUUCCUCAGCAGUACCAACUUUACCCUGGAUUACAGGAAGUGUACUAGAUGAGAAGGCACACAGUACAGCAAGUUCACAUUCUGAAACAUCUGCUGCAACUGCACAAUCUCCAUGGACUACUGGUAGUGUACAAAGCUCGAAUGCACACAGCAUGGCAAAUGCACAUGAUGGAACUGCCGCAGCAAUCCCCCCAUCAGCCAUUCUUUCAGGAGAUAUACCUAGUAUUAUUGCACACAGCUCAUCAACUGCACACGCUGAAAGUGUUUCUGCAGUAGGACCACCUUCCUUAACUCCAGGGAGUUUACCAAAUCCAAAUAUACACAGUUCAGCUAAAGCACAUGCUGACAUAUCCCCUGCUUUUAAACCAUCUCCUUUGACUAUUGGAACUGUACCAAGUCUGAAGACAGAGAGUUUGGCAAACACACGGGCUGAAAUUUCAUCUACAACGCCACCACCAUCCAUGAGUAUCGGAGAAGUACCAAGUCAAAGUGCCUACAGUUCAGCCAAAGCACAUUUUGAAGCAUACUCUGCAAAAGCUCCAUCACCAAUGACUACAGGAGGUAUACCAAGUGCGAAAGCACACAGUUCGGCAGAAGCACAUGCUGAAUCGUUAGCAGUAAUUCUACCAUUUUCAUGGACAACAGGUAGUGCACCUAGUGAGAAAGCGCACAGUAUGGCAAAUGCUCAAACUGAAAUUUCCUCAGCAGUACCAAUAUCACCCUGGACUACAGGAAGUGUACUAAAUGAGAAGGCACACAGUUCAGCAAGUUCACAUUCUGAAACAGCUGCUGCAACAGCACCAUCUACAUGGACUACCGGUAGUGUACAAAGCCCGAAUGCAAACAGCAUGGCAAAUGCACAUGCUGGAACUGCCUCAGCAAUCCCUCCAUCAUCCAUUGUUUCAGGAAAUGUACCUAGUCAUAAUGCACACAUCUCAUCAACAGCACAUACUGAAAGUGCUUCUGCAAUAAGACCACCUUCCUUAACUGCAGGGAAUUUACCAACCCCCAACAUACACAGUUCGGCUAAAGCAGAUGCUGAAAUUUCCCCUGCUUUAAAACCAUCUCCUUUGACUAUUGGAAGUGUACCAAUUCACAAUUCAGAGAGCCUAGCAAAUGCACAGGCUGAAACAUCCUCUGCAAUACCAUCAUCAUUCACGACUAUCGGUAAAGUACCAGGUCAAAGUGCCUACAGUUCAGCCAAUGCACAUGCUGAAGCAUACUCUGCAAUAGCUCCAUCACCAAUGACUACAGGAUGUAUCCCAAGUCCGAAAGCACACAUUUCGGCAGAAGCACAUGCUGAAUCGUUAGCAGUAAUUCCACCAUUUUCGUGGACUACAGGUAGUGCACCUAAUGAGAAAGCGCACAGUAUGGCAAAUGCACAAACUGAAAUUUCCUCAGCAGUACCAAUAUCACCCUGGACUACAGGAAGUGUACUAAAUGAGAAGGCACACAGUACAUCAAGUUCACAUUCUGAAACAGCUGCAGCAACAGCACCAUCUACAUGGACUACCACUAGUGUACAAAGCCCGAAUGCACACAGCAUGGCAAAUGCACAUACUGUAACUGCCUCAGCAAUCCAUCCAUCAUCCAUUGUUUCAGGAAAUGCACCUACUCAUAAUGCACACAUCUCAUCAACAGCACAUGCUGAAAGUGCUUCUGCAAUAGGACCACCUUCCUUAACUGCAGGGAAUUUACCAACUCCAAACAUACACAGUUCGGCUAAAGCACAUGCUGAAAUUUCCCCUGCUUUAAAACCAUCUCCUUUGAUUAUUGGAAGUGUACCAAUUCACAAUUCAGAGAGCUUAGCAAAUGCACAGGCUGAAACAUCCUCUGCAAUACCAUCAUCAUUCAUGACUAUCGGAAAAGUACCAGGUCAAAGUGCCUACAGUUCAGCCAAUGCACAUGCUGAAGCAUACUCUGCAAUAGCUCCAUCACCAAUGGCUACAGAAGAUAUACCAAGUCCGAAAACACACAGUUCAGCAGAAGCACAUGCAGAAUCGUUGGCAGUAGUUCCACCAUUUUCCUGGACUACAGGUAGUGCACCUAGUGAGAAAACGCACAGUAUGGCAAAUGCACAAACUGAAAUUUCCUCAGCAGUACCAACAUUACCCUGGACUACAGGAAGUGUACUAAAUGAGAAGGCACACAGUAGAGCAAGUUCACAUUCUGAAACAGCUGCUGCAACAGCACCAUCUACAUGGACUACCGGUAGUGUACAAUGUCCGAAUGCACACAGCAUGGCAAAUGCACAUGCUGGAACUGCCUCAGCAAUCCCUCCAUCAUCCAUUGUUUCAGGAAAUGUACCUAGUCAUAAUGCACACAGCUCACCAACUGCACAUGCUGAAAGUGCUUUUGCAAUAGGACCACCUUCCUUAACUGCAUGGAAUUUACCAACUCCAAACAUACACAGUUCAGGUAAAGCACAUGCUGAAAUUUCCCCUGAUUUAAAACCAUCACCUUUGACUACUGGAAAUGUAACAAAUCAGAAAACAAAGAGCAUAGCAAAUGCACAUGCUGAAACAUCCUCUGCAAUACCAUCAUCAUCCAUGACUAUCGGAAAAGUACCAAGUCAAAGUGCCUACAGUUCAGCCAAUGCACAAGCUGACGCAUACUCUGCAAUAGCACCAUCACCAAUGACUAUAGGAGGUAUCCCAAGUCCGAUAGCGCACAGUUCGGCAGAAGCACAUGCUGAAUCGUUAGCAGCAAUUUCACCAUUUUUCUGGACUACAGGUAGUGCACCUAGUGAUGAAACGCACAGUAUGGCAAAUGCACAAACUGAAAUUUCCUCAGCAGUACCAACAUUACCCUGGAUUACAGGAAGUGUACUAAAUGAGAAGGCACACAGUACAGCAAGUUCUCAUUCUGAAACAGCUGCUGCAACAGCACCAUCUACAUGGACUACCGGUAGUGUACAAAGUCCGAAUGCACACAGCAUGGCAAAUGCACAUGCUGUAACUGCCGCGGCUAUCCCUCCAUCAUCCAUUGUUUCAGGAAAUGUACCUAGUCAUAAUGCACACAGCUCAUCAACUGCACAUGCUGAAAGUGCUUUUGCAAUAAGACCACCUUCCUUAACUGCAGGGAAUUUACCAACUCCAAACAUACACAGUUCAGAUAAAGCACAUGCUGAAAUUUCCCCUGCUUUAAAACCAUCUCCUUUGACUAUUGGAAGUGUACCAAUUCACAAUUCAGAGAGCUUAGCAAAUGCACAGGCUGAAACAUCCUCUGCAAUACCAUCAUCAUUCAUGACUAUCGGAAAAGUACCAGGUCAAAGUGCCUACAGUUCAGCCAAUGCACAAGCUGACGCAUACUCUGCAAUAGUACCAUCACCAAUGACUAUAGGAGGUAUCCCAAGUCCGAUAGCACACAGUUCGGCAGAAGCACAUGCUGAAUCGUUAGCAGUAAUUCCACCAUUUUUCUGGACUACAGGUAGUGCACCUAGUAAGAAAACGCACAGUAUGGCAAAUGCACAAACUGAAAUUUCCUCAGCAGUACCAACAUUACCCUGGACUACACGAAGUGUACUAAAUGAGAAGGCACACAGUACAGCAAGUUCACAUUCUGAAACAGCUGCUGCAACAGCACCUUCUACAUGGACUACCGGUAGUGUAAAAAACCCGAAUGCACACAUCAUGGCAAAUGAACAUGCUGGAACUGCCUCAGCAAUCCCUCCAUCAGACAUUCUUUCAGGAGAUGUACCUAGUCAUAAUGCACACAUCUCAUCAACUGCACACGCUGAAAGCUCUUCUGCAAUUGGACCAGCUUCCUUAACUGCAGGGAAUUUACCAAAUCCAAAUAUGUACAGUUCGACGAAAGCACAUGCUGAAAUAUCCCCUGCUUUUAUACCAUCUCUUUUGACUACCGGAAGUGUACCCAAUCAGAAUACAGAGAGUUUGGUAAAUGCACAGGCUGAAACGUCCUCUGCAAUACUAUCAUCAUACAUGACUAUUGGACUAAUACCAAGUCAAAGUGCCUACAGCUCGGCAAAUGCACAUGCUGAAGCAUACUCUGCAAUAGCACCAUCACCAAUGACUACGGGAGGUAUACCAAGUCCGAAAGCGCACAGUUCAGCAGAAGCACAUGCUGAAUCUUUAGCAGUAAUUCCACCGUUUUUCUGGAGUACAGGUAGUGCACAUAAUGAGAAAACGCACAGUUUUGCACUUGCACAUGUUGAAACAGCCUCCGCAAUACCACCAUCAGUCUUGACUUCAGGAGGUAUACGCAGUCAGUACAUACACAGCUCACCAAAUGCACAUGCUGAAAGUGCUUCUACAGUAGCACUGCCUUCCUUGAACACAGGAAGUGUACCCAUUCCAAAUACACACAGUUUAGCUAAAGCACAUGCUGAAAUUUCCCCUGCUUUAAAACCAUCUCCUUUGACUAUUGGAAGUGUACCAAUUCACAAUUCAGAGAGCUUAGCAAAUGCACAGGCUGAAACAUCCUCUGCAAUACCAUCAUCAUUCAUGACUAUCGGAAAAGUACCAGGUCAAAGUGCCUACAGUUCAGCCAAUGCACAUGCUGAAGCAUACUCUGCAAUAGCUCCAUCACCAAUGGCUACAGAAGAUAUACCAAGUCCGAAAACACACAGUUCAGCAGAAGCACAUGCAGAAUCGUUGGCAGUAGUUCCACCAUUUUCCUGGACUACAGGUAGUGCACCUAGUGAGAAAACGCACAGUAUGGAAAAUGCACAAACUGAAAUUUCCUCAGCAGUACCAACAUUACCCUGGACUACAGAAAGUGUACUAAAUGAGAAGAUACACAGUACAGCAAUUUCAUAUUCUGAAACAUCUGCUGCAACUGCACAACCUCCCUGGACUACUGGUAGUGUACACAGUCCGAUUUCACACAGCAUGGCAAAUGCACAUGAUGGAACUGCCUCAGCAAUCCCCUCAUUAGCCUUUCUUUCAGGAGAUGUACCUAGUCAUAAUGCACACAGCUCAUCAACGGCACAUGCUGAAAGUGGUUCUGCAAUAGGACCACCUUCCUUAACUGCAGGGAAUUUACCAACUCCAAACAUACACAGUUCAGAUAAAGCACAUGCUGAAAUUUCCCCUGAUUUAAAACCAUCACCUUUGACUACUGGAAAUGUAACAAAUCAGAAAACAAAGAGCAUAGCAAAUGCACAUGCUGAAACAUCCUCUGCAAUACCAUCAUCAUCCAUGACUAUCGGAAAAGUACCAAGUCAAAGUGCCUACAGUUCAGCCAAUGCACAAGCUGACGCAUACUCUGCAGUAGCACCAUCACCAAUGACUAUAGGAGGUAUCCCAAGUCCGAUAGCGCACAGUUCGGCAGAAGCACAUGCUGAAUCGUUAGCAGCAAUUCCACCAUUUUUCUGGACUACAGGUAGUGCACCUAGUGAUGAAACGCACAGUAUGGCAAAUGCACAAACUGAAAUUUCCUCAGCAGUACCAACAUUACCCUGGAUUACAGGAAGUGUACUAAAUGAGAAGGCACACAGUACAGCAAGUUCUCAUUCUGAAACAGCUGCUGCAACAGCACCAUCUACAUGGACUACCGGUAGUGUACAAAGUCCGAAUGCACACAGCAUGGCAAAUGCACAUGCUGUAACUGCCUCGGCUAUCCCUCCAUCAUCCAUUGUUUCAGGAAAUGUACCUAGUCAUAAUGCACACAGCUCAUCAACUGCACAUGCUGAAAGUGCUUUUGCAAUAAGACCACCUUCCUUAACUGCAGGGAAUUUACCAACUCCAAACAUACACAGUUCAGAUAAAGCACAUGCUGAAAUUUCCCCUGCUUUAAAACCAUCUCCUUUGACUAUUGGAAGUGUACCAAUUCACAAUUCAGAGAGCUUAGCAAAUGCACAGGCUGAAACAUCCUCUGCAAUACCAUCAUCAUUCAUGACUAUCGGAAAAGUACCAGGUCAAAGUGCCUACAGUUCAGCCAAUGCACAAGCUGACGCAUACUCUGCAAUAGUACCAUCACCAAUGACUAUAGGAGGUAUCCCAAGUCCGAUAGCACACAGUUCGGCAGAAGCACAUGCUGAAUCGUUAGCAGUAAUUCCACCAUUUUUCUGGACUACAGGUAGUGCACCUAGUAAGAAAACGCACAGUAUGGCAAAUGCACAAACUGAAAUUUCCUCAGCAGUACCAACAUUACCCUGGACUACACGAAGUGUACUAAAUGAGAAGGCACACAGUACAGCAAGUUCACAUUCUGAAACAGCUGCUGCAACAGCACCAUCUACAUGGACUACCGGUAGUGUAAAAAACCCGAAUGCACACAUCAUGGCAAAUGAACAUGCUGGAACUGCCUCAGCAAUCCCUCCAUCAGACAUUCUUUCAGGGGAUGUACCUAGUCAUAAUGCACACAUCUCAUUGACUGCACACGCUGAAAGCUCUUCUGCAAUUGGACCAGCUUCCUUAACUGCAGGGAAUUUACCAAAUCCAAAUAUAUACAGUUCGGCGAAAGCACAUGCUGAAAUAUCCCCUGCUUUUAUACCAUCUCUUUUGACUACCGGAAGUGUACCCAAUCAGAAUACAGAGAGUUUUGUAAAUGCACAGGCUGAAACGUCCUCUGCAAUACCAUCAUCAUCCAUGACUAUUGGACUAAUACCAAGUCAAAGUGCCUACAGCUCGGCAAAUGCACAUGCUGAAGCAUACUCUGCAAUAGCACCAUCACCAAUGACUAUAGGAGGUAUACCAAGUCCGAAAGCGCACAGUUCAGCAGAAGCACAUGCUGAAUCUUUAGCAGUAAUUCCACCGUUUUUCUGGAGUACAGGUAGUGCACAUAAUGAGAAAACGCACAGUUUUGCACUUGCACAUGUUGAAACAGCCUCCGCAAUACCACCAUCAGUCUUGACUUCAGGAGGUAUACGCAGUCAGUACAUACACAGCUCACCAAAUGCACAUGCUGAAAGUGCUUCUACAGUAGCACUGCCUUCCUUGAACACAGGAAGUGUACCCAUUCCAAAUACACACAGUUUAGCUAAAGCACAUGCUGAAAUUUCCCCUGCUUUAAAACCAUCUCCUUUGACUAUUGGAAGUGUACCAAUUCACAAUUCAGAGAGCUUAGCAAAUGCACACGCUGAAACAUCCUCUGCAAUACCAUCAUCAUUCAUGACUAUCGGAAAAGUACCAGGUCAAAGUGCCUACAGUUCAGCCAAUGCACAUGCUGAAGCAUACUCUGCAAUAGCUCCAUCACCAAUGGCUACAGAAGAUAUACCAAGUCCGAAAACACACAGUUCAGCAGAAGCACAUGCAGAAUCGUUGGCAGUAGUUCCACCAUUUUCCUGGACUACAGGUAGUGCACCUAGUGAGAAAACGCACAGUAUGGAAAAUGCACAAACUGAAAUUUCCUCAGCAGUACCAACAUUACCCUGGACUACAGAAAGUGUACUAAAUGAGAAGAUACACAGUACAGCAAUUUCAUAUUCUGAAACAUCUGCUGCAACUGCACAACCUCCCUGGACUACUGGUAGUGUACACAGUCCGAUUUCACACAGCAUGGCAAAUGCACAUGAUGGAACUGCCUCAGCAAUCCCCUCAUUAGCCUUUCUUUCAGGAGAUGUACCUAGUCAUAAUGCACACAGCUCAUCAACGGCACAUGCUGAAAGUGGUUCUGCAAUAGGACCACCUUCCUUAACUGCAGGGAAUUUACCAACUCCAAACAUACACAGUUCAGAUAAAGCACAUGCUGAAAUUUCCCCUGAUUUAAAACCAUCACCUUUGACUACUGGAAAUGUAACAAAUCAGAAAACAAAGAGCAUAGCAAAUGCACAUGCUGAAACAUCCUCUGCAAUACCAUCAUCAUCCAUGACUAUCGGAAAAGUACCAAGUCAAAGUGCCUACAGUUCAGCCAAUGCACAAGCUGACGCAUACUCUGCAAUAGCACCAUCACCAAUGACUAUAGGAGGUAUCCCAAGUCCGAUAGCGCACAGUUCGGCAGAAGCACAUGCUGAAUCGUUAGCAGCAAUUCCACCAUUUUUCUGGACUACAGGUAGUGCACCUAGUGAUGAAACGCACAGUAUGGCAAAUGCACAAACUGAAAUUUCCUCAGCAGUACCAACAUUACCCUGGAUUACAGGAAGUGUACUAAAUGAGAAGGCACACAGUACAGCAAGUUCUCAUUCUGAAACAGCUGCUGCAACAGCACCAUCUACAUGGACUACCGGUAGUGUACAAAGUCCGAAUGCACACAGCAUGGCAAAUGCACAUGCUGUAACUGCCGCGGCUAUCCCUCCAUCAUCCAUUGUUUCAGGAAAUGUACCUAGUCAUAAUGCACACAGCUCAUCAACUGCACAUGCUGAAAGUGCUUUUGCAAUAAGACCACCUUCCUUAACUGCAGGGAAUUUACCAACUCCAAACAUACACAGUUCAGAUAAAGCACAUGCUGAAAUUUCCCCUGCUUUAAAACCAUCUCCUUUGACUAUUGGAAGUGUACCAAUUCACAAUUCAGAGAGCUUAGCAAAUGCACAGGCUGAAACAUCCUCUGCAAUACCAUCAUCAUUCAUGACUAUCGGAAAAGUACCAGGUCAAAGUGCCUACAGUUCAGCCAAUGCACAAGCUGACGCAUACUCUGCAAUAGUACCAUCACCAAUGACUAUAGGAGGUAUCCCAAGUCCGAUAGCACACAGUUCGGCAGAAGCACAUGCUGAAUCGUUAGCAGUAAUUCCACCAUUUUUCUGGACUACAGGUAGUGCACCUAGUAAGAAAACGCACAGUAUGGCAAAUGCACAAACUGAAAUUUCCUCAGCAGUACCAACAUUACCCUGGACUACACGAAGUGUACUAAAUGAGAAGGCACACAGUACAGCAAGUUCACAUUCUGAAACAGCUGCUGCAACAGCACCAUCUACAUGGACUACCGGUAGUGUAAAAAACCCGAAUGCACACAUCAUGGCAAAUGAACAUGCUGGAAGUGCCUCAGCAAUCCCUCCAUCAGACAUUCUUUCAGGAGAUGUACCUAGUCAUAAUGCACACAUCUCAUCAACUGCACACGCUGAAAGCUCUUCUGCAAUUGGACCAGCUUCCUUAACUGCAGGGAAUUUACCAAAUCCAAAUAUAUACAGUUCGGCGAAAGCACAUGCUGAAAUAUCCCCUGCUUUUAUACCAUCUCUUUUGACUACCGGAAGUGUACCCAAUCAGAAUACAGAGAGUUUUGUAAAUGCACAGGCUGAAACGUCCUCUGCAAUACCAUCAUCAUCCAUGACUAUUGGACUAAUACCAAGUCAAAGUGCCUACAGCUCGGCAAAUGCACAUGCUGAAGCAUACUCUGCAAUAGCACCAUCACCAAUGACUAUAGGAGGUAUACCAAGUCCGAAAGCGCACAGUUCAGCAGAAGCACAUGCUGAAUCUUUAGCAGUAAUUCCACCGUUUUUCUGGAGUACAGGUAGUGCACAUAAUGAGAAAACGCACAGUUUUGCACUUGCACAUGUUGAAACAGCCUCCGCAAUACCACCAUCAGUCUUGACUUCAGGAGGUAUACGCAGUCAGUACAUACACAGCUCACCAAAUGCACAUGCUGAAAGUGCUUCUACAGUAGCACUGCCUUCCUUGAACACAGGAAGUGUACCCAUUCCAAAUACACACAGUUUAGCUAAAGCACAUGCUGAAAUUUCCCCUGCUUUAAAACCAUCUCCUUUGACUAUUGGAAGUGUACCAAUUCACAAUUCAGAGAGCUUAGCAAAUGCACACGCUGAAACAUCCUCUGCAAUACCAUCAUCAUUCAUGACUAUCGGAAAAGUACCAGGUCAAAGUGCCUACAGUUCAGCCAAUGCACAUGCUGAAGCAUACUCUGCAAUAGCUCCAUCACCAAUGGCUACAGAAGAUAUACCAAGUCCGAAAACACACAGUUCAGCAGAAGCACAUGCAGAAUCGUUGGCAGUAGUUGCACCAUUUUCCUGGACUACAGGUAGUGCACCUAGUGAGAAAACGCACAGUAUGGAAAAUGCACAAACUGAAAUUUCCUCAGCAGUACCAACAUUACCCUGGACUACAGAAAGUGUACUAAAUGAGAAGAUACACAGUACAGCAAUUUCAUAUUCUGAAACAUCUGCUGCAACUGCACAACCUCCCUGGACUACUGGUAGUGUACACAGUCCGAUUUCACACAGCAUGGCAAAUGCACAUGAUGGAACUGCCUCAGCAAUCCCCUCAUUAGCCUUUCUUUCAGGAGAUGUACCUAGUCAUAAUGCACACAGCUCAUCAACGGCACAUGCUGAAAGUGGUUCUGCAAUAGGACCACCUUCCUUAACUGCAGGGAAUUUACCAACUCCAAACAUACACAGUUCAGAUAAAGCACAUGCUGAAAUUUCCCCUGAUUUAAAACCAUCACCUUUGACUACUGGAAGUGUACCAAAUCAGAAAACAAAGAGCAUAGCAAAUGCACAUGCUGAAACAUCCUCUGCAAUACCAUCAUCAUCCAUGACUAUCGGAAAAGUACCAAGUCAAAGUGCCUACAGUUCAGCCAAUGCACAAGCUGACGCAUACUCUGCAAUAGCACCAUCACCAAUGACUAUAGGAGGUAUCCCAAGUCCGAUAGCACACAGUUCGGCAGAAGCACAUGCUGAAUCGUUAGCAGCAAUUCCACCAUUUUUCUGGACUACAGGUAGUGCACCUAGUGAGAAAGCGCACAGUAUGGCAAAUGCACAAACUGAAAUUUCCUCAGCGGUACCAACAUUACCCUGGACUACAGGAAGUGUACUAAAUGAGAAGGCACACAGUACAGCAAGAUCACAUUCUGAAACAGCUGCUGCAACAGCACCAUCUACAUGGACUACCGGUAGUGUACUAAGUCCGAAUGCACACAGCAUGGCAAAUGCACAUGCUGUAACUGCCUCGGCUAUCCCUCCAUCAUCCAUUGUUUCAGGAAAUGUACCUAGUCAUAAGGCACACAGCUCAUCAAUUGCACAUGCUGAAAGUGCUUUUGCAAUAGGACCACCUUCCUUAACUGCAGGGAAUUUACCAACUCCAAACAUACACAGUUCAGAUAAAGCACAUGCUGAAAUUUCCCCUGAUUUAAAACCAUCACCUUUGACUACUGGAAAUGUACCAAAUCAGAAAACAAAGAGCAUAGCAAAUGCACAUGCUGAAACAUCCUCUGCAAUACCAUCAUCAUCCAUGACUAUCGGAAAAGUACCAAGUCAAAAUGCCUACAGUUCAGCCGAUGCACAAGCUGACACAUACUCUGCAAUAGCACCAUCACCAAUGACUACAGGAGGUAUCCCAAGUCCGAAAGUACACAGUUCGGCAGAAGCACAUGCUGAAUCGUUAGCAGUAAUUCCACCACAUUUCUGGACUACAGGUAGUGCACCUAGUGAGAAAACCCACAGUAUGGCAAAUGCACAAACUGAAAUUUCCUCAGCAGUACCAACUUUACCCUGGAUUACAGGAAGUGUACUAGAUGAGAAGGCACACAGUACAGCAAGUUCACAUUCUGAAACAUCUGCUGCAACUGCACAAUCUCCAUGGACUACUGGUAGUGUACAAAGCUCGAAUGCACACAGCAUGGCAAAUGCACAUGAUGGAACUGCCGCAGCAAUCCCCCCAUCAGCCAUUCUUUCAGGAGAUAUACCUAGUAUUAUUGCACACAGCUCAUCAACUGCACACGCUGAAAGUGUUUCUGCAGUAGGACCACCUUCCUUAACUCCAGGGAGUUUACCAAAUCCAAAUAUACACAGUUCAGCUAAAGCACAUGCUGACAUAUCCCCUGCUUUAAAACCAUCUCCUUUGACUACUGGAAAUAUACCAAGUCAGAAUGCAGAGAGCUUAGGAAAUACACAGGCUGAAACAUCCUCUUCCAAACCAUCAUCUGCCAUGACUGGCGGAAAAGUACCAAGUCAAAGCGUUUACAGUUCAGCAAAUGCACAGGCUGAAGCAUACUCUGCAAUAGUACCAUCACCAAUGACUACAGGAGGUAUAACAAGUCGAAAAGCACACAGUUCGGCAGAAGCACAUGCUGAAUCGUUAGCAGUAAUUCCACCAUUUUCCUGGAUUACAGGUAGUGCAUCUAGAGAGAAAGCGCACAGUAUGGCAAAUGCACAAACUGAAAUUCCUGCUGCAGCACCAACAUUACCCUGGACUACAGGAAGUGUACCAAAUGAGAAGGCACACAGUACAGCAAGUUCACAUUCUGAAACAGCUGCUGCAACAGCACCUUCUACAUGGACUACCGGUAGUGUAAAAAACCCGAAUGCACACAUCAUGGCAAAUGAACAUGCUGGAAGUGCCUCAGCAAUCCCUCCAUCAGACAUUCUUUCAGGAGAUGUACCUAGUCGUAAUGCACACAUCUCAUCAACUGCACACGCUGAAAGCUCUUCUGCAAUUGGACCAGCUCGCUUAACUGCAGGGAAUUUACCAAAUCCAAAUAUAUACAGUUCGGCGAAAGCACAUGCUGAAAUAUCCCCUGCUUUUGUACCAUCUCUUUUGACUACCGGAAGUGUACCCAAUCAGAAUACAGAGAGUUUGGUAAAUGCACAGGCUGAAACGUCCUCUGCAAUACCAUCAUCAUCCAUGACUAUUGGACUAAUACCAAGUCAAAGUGCCUACAGCUCGGCAAAUGCACAAGCUGAAGCAUACUCUGCAAUAGCACCAUCACCAAUGACUACGGGAGGUAUACCAAGUCCGAAAGCGCACAGUUCAGCAGAAGCACAUGCUGAAUCUUUAGCAGUAAUUCCACCGUUUUUCUGGAGUACAGGUAGUGCACAUAAUGAGAAAACGCACAGUUUUGCACUUGCACAUGUUGAAACAGCCUCCGCAAUACCGCCAUCAGUCUUGACUUCAGGAGGUAUACGCAGUCAGUACAUACACAGCUCACCAAAUGCACAUGCUGAAAGUGCUUCUACAGUAGCACUGCCUUCCUUGAACACAGGAAGUGUACCCAUUCCAAAUACACACAGUUUAGCUAAAGCACAUGCUGAAAUUUCCCUUGCUUUACAACCAUCUCCUUUGACUAUAGGAAGUGUACCAAAUCUGAAUACAGAGAGUUUGGCAAAUGUGCAUGCUGAAACUUUCUCUUCACUAUCAUCACCCUGGACUACAGGAGGAAUACCAAGUAUCAAUGCUCAAAGCUCAGCAAAUACGUGGGCUGAAACUUCCUCUGCAGUACUACCAUCAUCCAUGACUAUGGUGGAAGUACCAAGAAAUAAUGCAUACACCCCAGCAAAUGUACAAGCUGGAACUUCCUCUGCAGUAUCACCAUCACCCUUGACCUUGGAAGAAGUACCAGCUCAGAAUGCAUACAGCUCGGCAAAUGCACAUGCUGCAACUUCCUCUGCAGUACCACCAUCACCUUGGACCACUGGAAAUGUACCAAGUCAGAAGGCACACAGCUCAGCAAGUGCUCAUUCUGAAACAUCUGCUGCUUUGGCGCCAUCUUCGUGGACUGCAAGCAUUGUACCAAUUGAGACUGGAUACACUACGGCAAACGCACAUGCUGCAGCAGUCUCAGUAAUACCACUAUCAGUCACGACUUCAGGAGGUGUACCCAGUCAGAAUGCAAAGGGCUCAGCAAAUGCACAUUCUGAAAGUACUUCUACAGUAGCACCUCCUUCCUUGACUACAGGGAGUGUAUCCACUCCAAAUACCCACAGUUCAGCUAAAGCACAUGCCGAAAUUUCCCCUGCUUUACAACCAUCUCCUUUGACUAUAGGAAGUGUACCAAAUCUGAAUACAGAGAGUUUGGCAAAUGUGCAUGCUGAAACUUUCUCUUCACUAUCAUCACCCUGGACUACAGGAGGCAUACCAAGUAACAAUGCUCAAAGCUCAGGAAAUACUCGGGCUGAAACUUCCGCUACAGUACUACCAUCACCCAUGAUUGUGGUAGAAGUACCAAGACAUAAUGCAUACACCCCAGAAAAUGCACAAGCUGGAACUUCCUCUUCAGUAUCACCAUCACCCUUGAUUUUGGAAGAAGUACCAGCUCGGAAUGUAUACAGCUCGGCAAAUGCUCAUGCUGCAACGUCCUCUGCAGCACCACCAUCACCCUGGACUGCUGGAAAUGUACUAAGUCAGAAGGCACACAGCUCAGCCAGUGCUCAUUCUGAAACAUUUGCUGCUUUGGCGCCAUCAUCGUGGACUGCAAGUAGUGUACCAAGUGAGACUGUCCACACUACGGCAGACGCACAUGCUGGAACAGCUUCAGCAGUAUCAUCAUCAACCAUGACGUCAGGUGGUGCAGCAAGUCAGAACGCUCACAGCUCAGCAAAUGCACAUGCUGAAAGUUCAUCUGCUACAGCAUCACCUUCCUUGAUUGCAGGAAGUGUAUCAACUGCAAAUACACACAAUGCAGCUAACGCACAUGCCGAAACUUCCCCUGCUUUACAACUAUCUCCUUUGACUAAUAGAAGUGUACCAAGUCAGAAUGCACACAGUAUGGCAAAUGCAAAUGCUGAAACUUCCCUUGCGAUACCAACAUUUCCCUGGACUACAGGGACUAUACCUGGUCAGAAUGGAAAGAUUUCGGGAAUAUCAAAUGCUGAAUCUUUCUCUGGCAUACAUCCAUCACACUGGACUAGAGGUAGUGUACCAAGUCAGAACACACACACUUCAGCAAAAGCACAUGUGGAAACUUCCUCUGGAAUUGCACCAUGUUCGUUGUGUACAGGAAGUGUACCAGGUCGGAACAAAGGCACCCAUGAUGAAACUUUCUCUGCAAUAGGAGUUUCUCCUUGGGCUACAGGAAUUGUACCAAUUCAGAGCACACACAGUGCGGCAAACGCAGAUUCUGUAUCUUCUUCUCCAAUACCACCAUCUCUCUGGGCAACAGGAAGUGUACCAAGUAUCAAUGCACUCAGUUCGGCAAAUGCACCUGCUGAUAGUUCCUCAGCAGCACCGCCAUCUCCCCUGAGUAAAAUUAAUGUACCAAGUCAAUUUGGACACAUUUUGUCAAAUGCACAUGCUGAAACCUCCUCUACAUUACCACCAUUUCUCUGGACCGCUGUAAACGCACCAAGUCAGAAGACUCACACUUCGGCAUAUGCACAUGCUGAAACUUACUCUGCAGUGGCACCACCUCCGUGGACCUCUAGAACUGAAUCAAGUCAGAAUAUACACUCUUUAGCAAAUACACAUGCCGAAACGUCUUCUGCAGUAGUACCAUCCCUCUUGACUGCAGGAAGUGCACCAAGUCAGAACACACACAGUUUGGCAAAUGCACAUGCUGUAGCUUCCUCUGCCUUACCACCAUCUCCCUGGACUACAUUAAGUGUAUCGAUUCAGAACGCCCACAGUUUGGGAAAGGGUCAUUCUGAGACGUCCUCUGCAACAUCAUCAUCUCCCUUGACUACAGGCAGUGUACCAAGUCAGAAUGCACUUAGUGCAGUGAAUACAGAUGCUGAAGUUUCCUCUGCAUUACCACCGUUUCCCUUGAGUACAGGUAGUGUACCAAGUCAGUACAUACACAGUUUAGCAAAUGCACAUGCUGAAACAGAUACUGCAAGUAGCUUCAGUUAUGGUGGUUCUGGUGGAGUUACGGGUCUCAUUGGGUUUAUAGCACGACACGAUGCUUUCGGGGGAACUGGAAGCUUCAGGUUUUUAGAUAGGUAUUUGUGA